AUGUGUGUUGUAUCAGACAAAAAUGAAAGUAUCAUAAAAGGUGUAAGCAUUGUUUAUGCUAAUGUCCCUCAUCUAGCAAGUAUUUGGCGUUUAUGGAAAAACGUUAAGCCAGCAGGUAGUUAUCUUUAUUGUGUAUAUGAUUCGGGACGGAUGUACAUUGUCGAUAUUGAGCGUGGCACGUGCAAUUGUGGCUGGUAUCAAAUUGAUGAAAUACCUUGUCCACAUGGAAUUGUCGUAUUAAAAAGUAAAAAUGUGGAUGUAAAAGAAUAUGGUCGUUAUUGCUCUGAAUUUUACAGGUCAAACACCAUAGUGAAGACAUAUGAACUUCCGAUAGUUUCAAUGCCAGACAAGAAGGAUUGGAAUGUUCCAUUUUUUGUUGAUGAUGAAGAAGUUUUGUCGCCCAAAUAUAGAAGACCGCCUGGUAGGCCAAAAAAAGGAAGGCAUUUGAAAUCAAGUGAAUCGCUGUCUUCAAGUUCAAACCGCUGA